CAAAAAAAUAAAGUUAAUAACUUGUUAAAAUAAAACACCGUUUAAUUUAUUGUGUAUUGAAUGACUUUGAACAAUGUCCCAAGAGGCGCGUCAUCAACAAGACCCAGGAGGUGCUAUGAAUCAUCAGGAUUUACCUCCUAAUAACGAACAAAAACUAAAUAAUGGUGUUCAUCCACAUUUAACAAAACAAGUAGAAACUGUUGAUGAAGAACCGUAUGUUUCUUUGGAUACGGGCGAUUUUCAUCGAUACGAUUUGAAUAAUUGUGAAACACCGACUACAUCGAAACAUGAUCAAAUUAUGGAUAAUAAUGUUAGUACGACAGAAGUUGUACCGGUAACAACAGUGGUUGCUAAACCACCACCUAUUUCUAGCAUGGAAGAGGAAAGCAUACGUGAUCGUAUGCAUACUGCGUUAUUGAAACAUUGUUCGGAAAUAUUGCAUCAAGAAGAGUCAACUGGAAAAUUUUCUCGAGAAGUGUUUCGACGUGCUUUUCAAAAUAGGGAAUUAUUAAAACAACUUUUCCAUUUAUUUGAUCAAGACAGAGAUAAUCAAUUAAAACAAGAUCAUUGGAUUGAAUUUUUAAAAGAACGAGUAACAGAUGAAAUACAAAUUGAUUUCGCUGAACAAGUGGAAAGUGUGGCUUAUGUUUUAUGUGGUGAUGAUCCAAUCAAUAUUCAACAAUUUUACCAAAUAUUUAAUGCCAAAGGGAUUAUUGAAAAACUGUUUCGUAUUAUUGAUCAAGAUGCGGACGGAAUUGUAUACCACGAUGAAAUUAUGGAAUUUUUAUCAAAUAUUACGAAUACAAGGGCACGUACAGGGUUCGAUAAAAAGAGUAUUGAAUGGUUGGAACAACUAUUUCGACAAACGGUUGGUAAUGAACGUGAAAUUCGACGUGAAGAUUUCAAAAAAAUUGUCUUAUCAAAAAAUCCAUUUUUUACUGAACGAGUUUUUCAAAUUUUUGACAAAGACAAUUCUGGUUCAAUAUCAUUACAAGAAUUUAUUGAUGCCAUGCAUCAGUUUGCUGGUCAAACACCGGAUGAUAAAAUAAAAUUUUUGUUUAAAGUUUAUGAUUUAGAUGGCGAUGGUUUAAUUCAACCAAAAGAAUUGCAACAUGUUAUGCGUGCAUGUAUGGAAGAAAAUGGUAUGCAAUUUAGUGAAGAUCAAAUCGAUGAUUUAACAUUUGCAAUGUUUGAAGAUGCUGAUCCAACAAACCGUGGUGCUAUUACAUAUGAAGCAUUAAAAAAUCAAUUGGAAAAACAUGGUGGUCUUUUAGAAAAUUUAUCAAUUAGUAUAGACAGAUGGCUUGUACCACCAAAACCAAAGCCACCACCAGCAUCGUUUUUAGGAAAAAUUCUCGCACUUAGGCCAUAUCAACUAUCAACACCAUAUAUGAAAAAUAAUUAUAUUUAUUUAAUAUUUUUAGCUCUUUUUCUUAUUGUAAAUAUCGCUUUAUUCGUAUCUAGGGCCAUACAAUACAAGAACUCCAAUGGUUAUGUAAUCGUUGCCCGUGCAUGCGGGCAAUGUUUAAAUUUUAAUUGUAUGUUUGUUCUUGUUCUAAUGCUGCGGCAAAGUAUAACAUUUUUACGUACCAGAGGAUUCAGUUCAUAUUUACCAUUAGAUCAACAUAUUUAUUUUCAUAAAUUAACUGGUACAUUGAUUGCAAUUUAUAGUGUCGUUCAUACUAUAAGUCAUCUACUAAAUUUCAGUCUGAUUGUGGUAAAUGAUCCCGUGGUUAAUGAAAAAAAUUAUACAACCGCUGAGUGGCUUGUAACAACAAGACCAGGAUUAUUUGGCUUAAUACCAGGAUUCGCAAAUCCUACUGGAAUUAUAUUAGUCAUAAUUUUCACUAUAAUGUUUGUAUGUUCUCAAGCAUUUGUUCGCAGAGGUGGUUGCUUUGAGAUAUUUUAUUGGACACAUUUAUUAUAUGUUCCAUUUUGGGUUUUGGUUACGUUACAUGGUCCAAAUUUUUGGAAAUGGUUUUUAAUACCCGUUUUUAUAUAUUUUGUUGAACGAAUAAAUCGUUUUAUAUGGAUGCGUACAGAACGUGGAAAGACGUAUAUUAGUUCUGGAUUGUUAUUGCCAUCGAUGGUUACACAUCUUGUUAUAAAACGACCAUUAAAUUUUGAUUAUCAUCCUGGUGAUUAUAUAUUUGUGAAUAUUCCUGCCAUUGCCAAAUAUGAAUGGCAUCCAUUCACAAUUAGUAGUGCACCAGAACAAGAAGGAUAUAUGUGGUUACAUAUUCGCGCUGUUGGACAAUGGACUAAUCGUUUAUUUAGCUAUUUUGAAAGAGAACAAGAACGUUUACAUAAAGGUGAAGUGCCACCACUUGGAGGUGACAUUGUUUUAAGUUCCCUGGAACAUAAUGGAAAUAAUUCAACAAUGUCACCAACAACCCCUAUGCAAAUACCAAACAUUGUUACUAUAUCACCAUCAACAAUAUCUACAUCAUCAACACCUAUGCAAAAGAUUCAAGCGUCAAUACAACGUAAAUUUAAUAAUGAUCGUAAUCGUUUAAAACGUAUGACUGGAUACAGUAACGAUUCGUUUUGUUCAGAUGAUAUACCUCCAGUAUCUGCUUCUGAUGGUGAAUUACAUAAUCACCAUCGUAGCGGUGGCUCUAAUGAUAAUGCAAAUGUGGACAUUUUAAAUUAUCAAGGACGCCCUAGAAAAAUGCAAUCUGAUAAAACAUUGCGUAUGUUAUUAUUAUCACAGAAAGUACCAUUAGAAAAAUCUUUAUCCAUGCCGGAUAUGCAAACAAAAGCUAAGAAACGAGAACGAUUACUAGCAUUGCGAGAAUACACAAGAUCAGAAUCCGAAAAAAGUUUCGAUGAAUGUCAAAUACGACGAGCCAGAUUGCAAUCAUUAGGUCUGGCAUAUUUGAGUCCACAAAAUAAAUCGCUCGCUCAAAGUUUUCGAUAUAUGCGUAAUAAACCAACUAUUAUCGCAUUUAAAACACCAAGUUUAGAAAAUUGUGAACAACGAGAUUCAUCAUCAUCUUUUGGCUCUUCUAUAGGAAAUGGACGACCCAGUUUUCGUUUAAUUAGCCCUGAAACGGCAUUAGAAGAAGGGCAAUUUGGAAUGGAUUCACAUAGCUCUUCACCAAGAAUAAUGAACUAUCCUGUUGGAAAACCAUUAGAAAUUUUCUUGGAUGGACCUUAUGGAGCACCAUCAAGCCAUAUAUUCCGUGCCCAACAUGCUGUACUGAUCGCCACUGGUAUUGGCGUUACACCCUUUGCUUCUAUAUUACAAUCAAUUAUGCAUAGAUAUUGGAAAGCACGACAUUGUUGUCCAAAAUGUAAAUUUUCAUGGGCUAGUGAUAUUCCACCAACAAUUAUGAAUUUACGAAAGGUGGAUUUCUUCUGGAUAAAUCGUGAUCAAAGAUCAUUUGAAUGGUUUGUAAAUUUACUAUCCCAACUAGAAAUUGAACAAGCUGAAUUAGGUGGAGCCAUGGAACGUUUUCUAGAAAUGCACAUGUAUAUAACCAGUGCUUUACAAAAAACUGACAUGAAAGCUGUUGGUUUACAAUUAGCUCUGGAUUUAUUACAUGAAAAAGAAAAACGAGAUCUUAUCACUGGAUUAAAAACUCGAACAAAUGCAGGGCGUCCAAAUUGGGAUAAAGUUUUUAAACAAUUACAAGAUCAGAAAAAAGGAAAAAUCACUGUAUUUUAUUGUGGACCUCCGCAGUUAGCUAGAAUUCUUCGAGUUAAAUGUGACCAAUUUGGAUUCAGUUUUAGAAAAGAAGUUUUUUAAAUUAUUUAAUUGUAUAAAAUAAGUUACCUGUAAAUAAGUUUUGUUUUUGUGUUAUGUCAAAAGAAGAAGAAAAAAAAGUUCACUGUCAAAUUCACAUAUGCACUGUCCCCUAACAAAUUAUAUAAAUUACUGAGAUCUUUUUAGCGACCUACGCUCGGUAAUCCUCACCUUAUCUCUGAUUUAAUUUGAAGUCACAUUCGAAUAUUAUCUAUAUCAAAUCUAAGGCACUCGAUUGUAUUCUAAUAAUAACUGCCUCUCUUAUUAUCCUUUUUAGGACAGUUUCAUUCAGGAAUACGUUGUAGUUGGCAAAGAGUACACUUGAAUGCCUUCGCGUCGUUUCUGCCCAAUCUUUUACUUAAUUUGCUUGAUACAAGCUGUGGUGAUGUGACAGUUAAAGGUUACGCUUGAGUUAUAAAAAUGUAUUACCGUCACUAACAUAUCUGUGUCCUGCCAUAGCGCACUGCUCAAUCACAAAUCAUCCGAAUGGCUACUUUAAUUUUUCUUUAAAAUGUUCCAAAAUCAAGGAGUGAACGAAAUUAUCUGGUAUAUUAGCGAUGGUUCAAUGUCCCACACGAUAUCUUUAGAGUUUUUGUUUUUAUGUCUACUUCAACAUAGCUGCGUUUCAGAAGGCUACCCUACACUCAAAGAUCUGAUAGAUCUGGAGAAAGAAUCUCUGUUUUCCAUAAUUUCAUUCUUAUACUAGGACACUGCAUUCCGUAAACUUAUUUUCUGGAGUUUACUUGUUACAUCUACAUCAACAUAGCUGCGUUUCAAAACCUUUCUAUCUCUAGGUCUGGAGAAAGAUACUCUAUUCUACUCUUCCUUGUUGCGUUCCAUAAAUAUAUCUUCAUUCCUGUACUAGAGAGUUGCAUUCCAAACUUUAUUUCUGUUUUUUGCUGAAGUAAAUUGCAUCUUUUUGCUGAGGUAAAUAUAAAAAGUAAACUCCUCUGGGUAAUACGCCCUGUUAUGUAAAUUAAUGAUAUACUAAAUGACACUUUGUUCACUCAUAAGUUUUAGAUUUUUUAAUAAUCUUACGCCAUACGUGUCCUUUUUACUGUGAAACUAUUACGAUACUUAUAUACAUUAUCUUUACAUGAUCUUUGUGACCUUUAUCUACGAUUGCUUAGAAAACAAAUCCCUUUAUAAUAGAGCGUUUAAUUUCCGACUCUGUUCAAUGCCACAAUAAGUUUUCAAUUGGCUUCACUUAAUCCGCUGUUAAUUUAGCAGUUUUAUCUUUAUUGAUUACAGUCCGGGCUACAUGCCAAUCCCCGCGGUUUUCCAGUGUCUCUUUUUAUUUCACGAAAAUAGUUGCAAUUAUGUCUUCUAUAGUACAUCGAUUCACGGUAGUGGGUGUAUUUACUGCCUAUACUUCACAAAAAAUAAUAAGGACUCAGUGCAUUAUUGUGAACAUUUUUUU